AUAUGAGGCAAAAAUUUUAGGUUACAGCUGAUUAUUUUUUCUCCUUAGAUGUCAGUACUGAUUUAAAAUACAUACAUACACACACACAUUAAAAAGUAUCUGGAAAUGUAGCCAUCUCUAAGAUUUUUUUUUUUUAAUUUUGAAACUAGAAAUACUUAUUUUUAAGUAAAUCAGGAUGCAUUUAUAUAGCAGCACAUUUUCAUUAAACAUUUGGUGCUAUAGACAAGGACAUUGUCUCAUCUUUAAGGAAUUAAAUUAUUUUCACCUUUAUCCUUAGAGUUGGGAUGUAGUUUUUCUGAGACAUCUUUAUUAAGAAAAUACAUAGUUUUCAAUGUAAUAAAAAAAAAAAUGCAAACCGUGGAGGACAUGAUUACAAUGAAACAAGAUUUUUCUUUAAGAGAAAUGCCAGUUUUCAAGAUUUUUUUUCCUCUGUUCAUUCUAAAAUGAUCUAAAUUUAAAUUUGAGGAUUUCCAAUUUUUUUAUGUUCCAAUUUUGUAUAUGUUGCCAAUCUUGGCUGCUAUCUCCACUCCCUGUUCUUCCUUUCUUAUGUUAACCCCUUUCUUCCAGAAAGUAAACCUGACAAAUAAAGGGCUCUUAUGUUCUAUAAUAUACAUUUUAAAUGUCUUAAAUUACCUAGUAGUAUAUAUUUAGUUGUCAUUAGAUGCUGACAUUUAAAAUGUUUUAUAAAAAUUUACAAAGUAUUUGAUACAUUUUCAUUUGGAUUCUCUCAACAGCCAUCUGAUUGAAGUUUUCAAAUUAUCCCCAUUUUAUAGAUGAGGACACUAAAGCUUGGAAGAAGUGACUUUCUCAAGGUGGUAAAGCUUAAUAAAAGCUUUACUUGCUACUCUAGGUUUUCAGAAGCAGAAUCUAUAGCAUCUUUCACAUUAUCACAUCCUUUCUUUUUAUCAGAGCUUCAAACUAGGGCACUGUCUCAAACUGGUAACAUGGGAAAGGGAUGGUGGUAAUAAUUACUUCCUUAAACUCAAAUUCCUCUCCCAUGGUAUCUUUUUUCCUAAGAAGGGGAACCCCCUGGUUCACUUUCACCAUGCCAAAUCAUUACAUAAAGAUCUAUACAGUUUUACAGAAUAUUUUGAACAUGAGCUUACGAAGAAUGAUGAAAUGGAACGUGUCAAAAUGCCAAUGCAGAAUUUCGUCAACUGGUAUCUAGUGAUGUUUGUACUUUUUUACUAAUAGCUGGAGAAAUACUAAAAUGUAUUGAAAUUAAUCUCAACUAUGUUAAUUUUACAUUCACUUCAUUAUGUCUUAUAAGUGGAAGUUUUGUUAGAGCAUUUGAAAUUAGCUACUUCUAAGUCUAUGAAGUCUUCUCACAUUUAAGUUAUUUAAGUCUAGGGAAAGGUAACAAAAACAAUGUGAUAGUGAGAUUUAAUAUAAAGUGACUAACAUCUGCAUAAAUUUACAAAGUACACUGACUAAUGAAGAAUAAGGAUUUAUAGUGGAAUUUAAAAAAAGUAUUGUUAAAGAGUUAAGUUCUAAAAGGAGAAACAUUUAUCUAAAGUGAAGAAAAAGUAAUUUGGGGGCAACAUUAUGGGAGGAUCAGGAAAAGUACCAUGUAGGAGGUGGUACUUGAACUGGGCUUUGAAGGAAGCUAAGAAUUCUGAGUUGAGGGUGUGCCAUUAUAAUCGUUGAGGUCUACUUACAAAAAGGCAUGAUGAGCAAUGGAAUGUUGUGUGGGAAAUGGCCAUACCAGUUUAGCUAGAAUGUAGUGUGUAAGAGUAAAUGGGUAUUAAGCCUAGAAAACAUAAGAUGGAACCAGACUGUAUAGGAUUUCAAAUGAUACAUGAGUUUACAUUUUCUCUUAAGAUGCAGGAGAAAGCCUUGGAACCUGUUGAACAGGGAAGUGACAUGGAUAAACCUGUACAGCAAUCACUUUGGCAGCUCUGUGGAAGAGGGAGAUAAGAACUAUGGGGAAGCUAUCAGACAAAGGGCAAACACAGUUUGGCAUUAGUGAAGAGGUCUAUGCCGUGGUUCAAUGAUUCAAGUUCAAGAUGCCUUUUGAAACUCAGGCAUUGUCUCAAGAUGAACUCCGAAAGAGAUUGUAUCAGACAUUUAAGAAUCGGGGUAUUUUGGACACCCUCAAGACUCAACUUCGAAACCAGCUCAUACAUGAGUUGAUGCAUCCUGUUUUGAGUGGAGAAGUACAGCCACAAUCCAUUCCUGUUGAAGGAAGCUCGCUAUUAGUUGGAGCUUCUAAUAGUCUUGUGGCAGAUCACUUGCGUAGAUGUGGCUAUGAAUAUUCACUCUCUGUUUUCUUUCCUGAGAGUGGAUUAGAAAAAGAAAAGAUAUUUACUAUGCAAGAUCUACUCCAGCUGAUUAAAAUCAACCCCAAAUCCAGUUUCUACAAAUCACUGACAUCAAAAAUUCAAAAAGAGAACCAGAAAGGUUUUCUCAUGCAGAUUUUGAUGGAAUUGACAGAAUAUCAUCUAUCCAGGGAAAGUUGCAAUAUGGAGACUCAAACAAGUUCGGCAUUAUUGCCUUCUGGUGAAUCUCUUGCUGAAAAAUUUCAACUCAUUGAUGAGCAAUUUGCAGAUAUUUAUCCUCAACGCCUUAAACUGGAAUCAUUAGAAACAAAGCUCAAUGAAUAUAAGAAAGAAAUAGAACAGCAACUUCAAUCAGAAAUGUCUCAAAAGUUGAAGCAUUUUAAAGAUAUUGAAAUAGCAAGAAUGAGGAUGGAAGAAAAAAGAAGACUCCAGAAAGAAAUGACUGAACUACGGCAAGAGUUUGAAAAAACACACCAGGCAAAAUCCGAGGCUCUAAUUUUUCGAGAAAAGAAUGCUAUUGAAAGACUUCAGAAGCAUCAGGAGAUUGAAGCAAAAGAAAUUUAUGUCCAAAGGCAGGGUUUGCUGAAAGACAUUGAAAUGGUAAGAAGUAGAGAAGUUGAACUGAAGCAAAGAAUUGAAGCUUUUGAAUUAACCCAGAAGCUACAAGAAGAAAAAUAUAAAAACUUGGAAGAAUCUCUGCGAAGAAGGGAGCUGAAUGUAAAGAGUAUGGAGGAUGCAUAUGAACAAAGGCUUAGGAGUGAACUUCUAAAAUAUCAACUUGAAUUAAAGGAAGAAUAUAUUACCAGAUCUAAUAGAUUAAUUGAAGAAGAGCAAAAGAAUAAAGAGAAAGCUCUGCGUUUACAAGAAGACACCAAUGCUAUUAAUUCAAGAAGGGAAGAACUCAGGGAAGCUGUAAAUCAUGCCAAAGAUCUUGAGCUUGAAUUGGAUUCUCUCAAAGGACAGAUUUUAUUAGUAACAAAACAGAACCAGUUGCUGAAUGAAAAACUUAAAGAUACUACAGAUUAUCUGCUUUUAAAAGAAGAGAGACUGGAGCUUCAAGCACAAAAUAAAUUACUUAAACAACAACUAGAAGAGAUUAGAAAUGAAAACAUGCAACUUCAACGAAGAUCUUCUCAGCCAUCGGCUGAACUUAUAGCCUUACAGAAAGAAUCAAAGGUGGCAGAAAAUGCAAGAAAGCUUGAACAGAAGGAAUUUAAGGCUGAAAAACAAGUCCUGGAAAAAAGGCUCCAAAAUGAGAUUGAACGUUGUUCUCUCCUGAAGAAUCAGAUAUUAGAUUAUGAAACUUCUACAAGAAGGUUAAAUAUGCAGAUUGAAGACUUGAAAUUGCAGCUUAAGCAAACUCAAACAGCUUUAGAAAAUGAAGUAUAUCGAAACCCAAGGUCAUCACUGAUUAAUCACUCAGUCAUUGAUUUCACAAGUGACAAGAUUGUACCUCGUGAUAUUUAUAUGGAUAAUUUCUUGAAGAAUCAGUUCUUUUCUGAUGCUGUUGUUCAGUCAGAAGAUCUUCUAAGGAGCAAAUAUUGCCAGCCUGCGAAAAUUGAGAGUGCUUCUACAGAUGCUGAUCUUGAAUUUGUAGCUAAUACCAAAGCAAGGGUAAAAGAACUGGAGAAGGAGGCAGAGUACUUAGAAGAAGCGUACAGGAAUUACCAGCAACGAGUUAUUCAAGCUACAAGGAAAAGCCCUUCCCCAGCAAGGAGUUACUCUCCUUCACUUUUUCCAGCAGUUCAAAGUAGUAGCAUUCAUGAAAAAGUUAUGUUUGCAGAGGAUAAGUUUGUUUCUGAGCAGCUUCCACUCAGUAGUCUGAAAGAUGAAAAAGGUGAUGCAAUGUCUGAUUACCAAACUCCACAGCAAAGGAGAAUCCCUUCUCCUAGAAGGCUUUCCUCUACUCCACGUUCAAAAACAAGGAGAAGCCUUAGUAACCAAAUGUAUUUAGCAGGUAAUGGGUCAUUUGUUGGGUCUCCCUGUCAUCUUGCUGACAAAAUUCCAUCACCAAUUCCAAAGACAACUCAACUUUCAUCUGCUGUAUCUGCUCCAAAUAUCUCAAUUGCUUGCUUACCAAGCAAUCAAGAACAGAAAUCAAGUUAUUAUGAGAAGCACACUGAUCAAGAUAUAAGUGAUUUUUCAAAUGCAGAGAAAUCAGGCAUUGAGGAUAUUCAAAAUGAAUCUUCUUUAGAAUAUGGUGGGAACAUUCCAAAGGAACUUGAAAUAGAUGUGUUAUAUCCAGCAGGAGAUAUGGUUCCCAUUAACAGAGUCAUAGACACUGUGCCAACAAUAACUACUUUGCAUCAAGAUCCAAUAAUGCUAGAUCUAGAAGAACAGGAGACAGAAGAAAAAUGGGAAGAGAAACGGAGAGAGAGAGAGGAAAAGCGGCAGAGAGAAAGAUUGGAAACUUUUGAAAGGGAACAAAGAGAACUACAAAAACUGGAUAAAGAAAUGAGAUUGCUUGAAGAAUCAUUGAAAAGUGAAGUAGAAAAAGAUAUUAAAGAACUGGAAAUCAUCAACAAAGAAAUUGUCAAUCCCCUAGAGAAAUAUAUGAAAAUCAUCCAACAAAAUAAAGAUCAGGAAUCAGUAAAUAAGAGCUCAAAAAAGGAGGUUGUGGAAGAAGUAUCAAUUGAAGAAACACUAUUGUCUGAUAAUAAAGCUGACAGGUAUGAUAUCCCAAGCAAAAUUAACACUAGUUUUACUAUAUUUAAGUUAUGUUGUGGCUUCUUUUGGCUGCUGUGAGAUAGAUAAUAAAUUAAUUGUAAAGAAAGUUGGGGAAUUGCCAUAGUAUAAAAAUCAUGUCAUUAAGGAAAUACACCUCUCCCUUAAAAAAAUCCAAAUCUAAUCAUUUGAUUUGUCAAUUUAAGAAAGUUUGUCUAAUUAUUCUUUCACCUCUUUUCCUUAUUUAGUUUGUCAGCUUCUGAAGAACCAGAUGACUUUUGGUGAGAGGUUUGCUUCUCAGGUUCAUACUCAUAACAGUAUGUUGUAUUAAAUUUAAACCGAGGUUUUUAGUGAUGUAGACCAGAAUAUUUAAUAAAGAUUUUACAUAGAAAAUCUA